AUGACACAUAGUACCAAAGUGGCUGGAGCACCUGAGAGCAGACCACAGCAACAGGAACCAAUCACCACCACGGUAGCAAGCAUCCAACAGUGGGUCAAGAACAUGAAAAGAUGGAAAGCACCUGGUCCAGGUUUGAGCCUCGUUAGCCAGAUAAUUACAAGGAUUGGAUACAGAUUCAAGUUCAAGAGUGGAACUACCAUCAACCAUCUCCUCUGCAUCAAGCUAUAUGCUAAGAGUGAACGAAACAUUGACUUGCUAAUCCACCUGACAGAUCUAAAGAGAGGAUAUAGGAAUCAUUCAGACUGGAGAACUCCUGAAAAAUACAGUAUUUCUUAUUUUGAAAGAAUACUGAAGUGGCUGGGGCAUGGACUUAUCAAUGAAUCUCUGAGAGACCAAUUACUUGUUACUAUCCAGAAAACCUUCACCUACACUCGGACACAGGCCCAGCAUCUCUUCAUAAUCCUUAUGGAAUGCAUGAAAAAGAAGGAACUGAUUACAGUAUUUCGCAUGGGGUCAGAAGGACACCAGGAUAUUGAUCUGGCCAUCUUGACAGCUUUGUUAAAAGGAGCGAAUGCCUCUGCUCCAGAUCAACUGAGUUUGGCAUUAGCUUGGAACAGGGUAGACAUUGCUCGCAGCCAGAUUUUUAUUUAUGGGCAACAGUGGCCGGUGGGGUCCCUUGAACAGGCCAUGUUGGAUGCCCUGGUAUUAGACAGAGUGGAUUUUGUGAAGUUACUCAUAGAAAAUGGAGUAAGCAUGCAUCGUUUUCUCACCAUCUCCAGACUAGAAGAACUGUACAAUACGAGACAUGGGCCAUCCAACACUUUGUAUCAUCUUGUCAGAGAUGUCAAAAAGGGAAACCUACCACCAGAUUAUAGGAUAAGUCUAAUUGACAUUGGCCUGGUGAUUGAGUACCUGAUGGGAGGAGCUUAUCGCUGUAAUUAUACUCGAAAACGCUUCCGAACACUCUAUCACAACUUAUUUGGCCCCAAGAGACCCAAGGCCCUAAAACUUCUGGGAAUGGAGGAUGAUGUUCCACUACGGAGGGGAAGAAAGACUACCAAGAAACGAGAAGAGGAAGUGGAUAUAGACCUGGAUGAUCCUGAGAUUAACCAUUUCCCUUUCCCCUUUCAUGAACUGAUGGUAUGGGCUGUGCUGAUGAAGCGCCAGAAGAUGGCUCUUUUCUUCUGGCAACAUGGAGAGGAAGCCAUGGCUAAGGCUCUGGUAGCCUGUAAACUUUGCAAAGCAAUGGCCCACGAAGCAUCUGAAAACGAUAUGGUGGAUGACAUAUCUCAGGAACUUAAUCACAACUCCAGAGAUUUUGGCCAGCUGGCGGUGGAGCUGCUGGACCAAUCCUACAAGCAGGAUGAGCAGCUGGCUAUGAAACUCCUGACAUAUGAGUUGAAAAACUGGAGCAAUGCCACAUGCCUGCAACUUGCAGUGGCAGCCAAGCAUCGAGAUUUCAUUGCACACACAUGUAGCCAAAUGUUACUCACAGAUAUGUGGAUGGGGAGGCUUCGGAUGCGCAAAAACUCAAGUCUAAAGGUAAUUCUAGGAAUUCUACUUCCUCCUUCAAUUCUCAGCUUGGAGUUCAAAAACAAAGAUGAUAUGCCUUACAUGUCUCAGGCUCAAGAGAUCCAACUGCAAGAAAAAGAGCCGGAAGAACCAGAAAAAACAGUAAAAGAAAAAGAAGAGGAUGAUAUGGAACUCACAGCCACCAGCAUGAGCUGUCCCCAGGAUCUUAUAUGCGGGCAGGCAGAAGGCUCUGCCUACAAGAACCACAAUUCAGGGAACGAGACGACUGUAGGCACAAGAUCAACCUACCGGACCCCUAUGCAGGCAAUGUUGGGACGUAGCAAUGGAGAGUCAUCAGCAAGAAAGAAGGAGGAGGAAGAGGUUCAAAACAGACAUAGAUUGAUCCCCUUUGGACGUAAAAUCUAUGAGUUCUACAAUGCACCAAUUGUUAAAUUUUGGUUCUAUACUAUGUCUUACAUUGGGUACCUGAUGCUGUUUAAUUAUAUCGUUUUGGUGAAAAUGGAACGUUGGCCUUCCAUGCAGGAGUGGAUAGUUAUCUCAUACAUAUUUACAAUGGGAAUAGAAAAGAUGAGAGAGAUAUUAAUGUCAGAACCUGGGAAACUACUGCAGAAGGUGAAGGUGUGGCUUCAAGAAUACUGGAAUGUUACCGAUCUUAUUGCCAUCCUCUUAUUCUCGGUGGGCAUGGUGCUUCGCCUCCAGGAUCUGCCGCUCAGGAGUGAUGGUCGUGUCAUAUAUUGUGUCAACAUUAUUUACUGGUAUAUCCGAUUGUUAGACAUCUUCGGGGUGAACAAAUAUUUGGGGCCAUAUGUAAUGAUGAUUGGAAAAAUGAUGAUAGACAUGAUGUAUUUUGUCAUUAUUAUGCUGGUGGUUCUGAUGAGUUUUGGUGUUGCAAGGCAAGCAAUUCUCUUCCCCAACGAAGAGCCAUCAUGGAAACUGGCAAAAAAUAUUUUUUACAUGCCCUAUUGGAUGAUCUAUGGGGAAGUGUUUGCAGACCAGAUAGACCGUAAGCAAGUUUAUGAUUCUCAUACACCAAAGUCAGCUCCUUGUGGUCAAAAUGAAACUAGAGAAGAUGGUAAAAUAAUUCAGCUUCCUCCCUGCAAAACAGGAGCCUGGAUCGUUCCUGCCAUAAUGGCUUGCUAUCUCUUGGUUGCAAACAUCCUUCUGGUGAACUUACUGAUUGCAGUUUUUAACAACACGUUUUUUGAAGUUAAGUCUAUAUCAAACCAGGUAUGGAAGUUUCAGAGAUAUCAGCUUAUUAUGACUUUCCAUGAAAGACCAGUCUUACCCCCUCCGUUAAUCAUCUUCAGUCACAUGACCAUGGUAUUUCAGCACAUAUGCUGUAGAUGGCGGAAACACGACAGCGAUCCAGAUGAAGCAGAUUAUGGGCUCAAACUUUUUAUAACCGAUGAUGAACUGAAGAAGGUUCAUGAUUUUGAAGAACAAUGCAUAGAAGAAUAUUUCAGAGAGAAAGACGAUAGAUUUAAUUCUUCCAAUGAUGAGAGAAUCCGUGUAACUUCUGAAAGAGUAGAGAAUAUGGCAAUGCGAUUAGAGGAAGUCAAUGAACGAGAGCAUUGCAUGAAGGCCUCACUUCAGACUGUAGAUAUACGACUUGCUCAGCUUGAAGAUAUGAUUGGGCGAAUGGCCACAGCACUGGACAAAAUUACUGGUGUAGACAAAGGAGAGGCCAGUAAGAUACGGUCUCGAACAUCUUCUGACUGCACUGACACAGCUUACAUUGUGAGGCAAAGUAGCUUCAACAGCCAGGAAGGGAACACAUACAAACUUCAAGAGAGUAUUGACCCCACAGGGGAAGAAUCGAUAUCCCCCACCUCUCCAACAUUAACACCUCGACUGCGAAGUCACUCCUUCUAUGCGAUGAAUAUAAAAGAGAAGGGUGGGCUUGAGAAAUUCGAAAGUAUUUUGAAAGAACGGUCUCUGAGCCUUCAUCGUGCCACUAGCUCUCACUCAGUCUCAAAAGAACCGAAAGUUUCUUUAGUGCCUGUCAGCACUUUGUCUAUUGCUCCAGAUUCUCGGAGGCCUUCCUCUUGCAUUGAUAUUUAUGUGUCUGCCAUGGAUGAGCUGCAGUCAGGAAUAGAGCCCCUGGACAGUUCAAUGAACAUCCUUGGGACCGGAGACCCCACUCUUCAAACUCAGAUAACUUCCAGCGUUCUCUCGAGUAGUGCUUACGUCAGUGGUACCUCUGGUGAUAGAAUCUCAGGCAGAAGUAUUGAGCAUGAAGAACCUUCUUCACUGGAAACAAGGGUGUUUUCUUCAGAUUAUUCCCAAAUCACAGACAGCCAAAACCCCUGGGAAUUGGAUCCCCCCCUAUAUCAUACCUUAGAGCGUUCUAAAAGUAGCCGAUACCUCGCUACAAGCCCCUUUAUUUUAGAAGAGGCACCUAUAGUAAAAUCUCAUAGUUUUAUGUUUUCUCCUUCCCGGAGCUAUUUCAGCAGCCUUGGAGUACCAGUCAAAACAGCAGAGUACACUAGCAUUACCGACUGCAUUGAUACAAGGUGUGUCAGUGCUCCUCAAACCAUUGCAGAAAGGUCAAGUUUCCCUGGAACCCAUGGAGAUAAGGUGGAUGACGUGGGAUGCUGCCAUCCAGAGAGGGAAGCAGAACUAAGUCACCCAAGUUCUGACAACGAGGAUACUGAAGCCAAAGAUAAAAAAGCAGUUUCCUUGUCACCUCAAGAUAGCAAUACGUCUAGGACCUUGUCUAACAAUAUUCUGCUUCCUAAAAUAGAGCGGGCCAAUAGUUAUUCUGCGGAUGAAUCCAACUUACUCUAUGUGCACACACGGAAAAGCUACUCCAUCAGUGACAAACUUGAUAGGCAGCGCAAUGCAGCCAGCCUUCGAAAUACAUUUCAGAGGAGCAAAUCAUCCAAACCAGAAAGUACAGGAGACACCUUGUCAAUGAGAAGACUCUCUAGAACAGGUGCAUUCCGGAGCUUUGAGAGCAAAUAUUGCUAG